AUGUCUGUGCUUCCUCUCUUCCUCUUCACUAUGUUUCUCCUCCAACAACCUCCCUUCAUAUCUGCACUCAACCAAGACGGUUUAUAUCUCUACCAGUGGAAGCAAUCCCUCGACGACCCUGACUCAUCACUCGCCUCGUGGAACAACCGCGACACAACCCCAUGCAAUUGGGCCGGCGUCACUUGCGGCCCAAAUACCACCACCGUCACCGCACUCGACCUCUCCAACUUCAACGUCGCAGGCCCAUUCUCAGCCACCUUCCUCUGCCGCCUCCCCAACCUCACCUCCAUCAUCCUCUUUAACAACUCCAUCAACCAAACCCUUCCUCUCCAAAUUUCCCUCUGCACCUCACUCCUCCACCUCGACCUCUCCCAGAACCUCCUCACCGGCACCCUCCCCCACUCCCUCCCCCUCCUCCCCAACCUCCGCUACCUCGACCUCACCGGCAACAACUUCUCCGGCCCCGUCCCCCCCUCCUUCGGAACCUUUCAGAACCUCCAAACCCUCUCCCUCGUAUUCAACCUCCUCGACGACGUCGUUCCGCCUUCUCUCUUCAACAUUACCUCCCUCAAAACGCUCAACCUCUCCUACAACCCCUUCCACCCUUCCCCCAUUCCUCCCUCCGUCGGCAACCUCACCAACUUGGAAACGCUCUGGCUCAGCGGGUGCAACCUUGUGGGCCCCAUUCCCGACUCCCUCGGGAACCUCAAAAACCUUGGCGUCUUGGAUUUGGCCUUCAACAACCUCUAUGGACCCAUCCCGAGUUCGCUCACUCGCAUCAGCAGUCUCAAGCAGAUUGAGUUAUACAACAACUCGCUCUCCGGUGAAUUGCCUAAAGGAAUGUCCAACCUCACUUCGUUGAGACUCGUUGAUGUUUCCAUGAACCAUUUGAGUGGACCCAUUCCCGAUGAGUUGUGUCGUUUGCCUCUCGAGAGUCUUAACCUCUAUGAGAAUGGUUUCACCGGGGAGUUGCCGCAGAGUAUUGCCGACUCGCCGAACCUCUAUGAGCUUAGGUUGUUCGGGAACAAACUCAGCGGGAAAUUGCCGGACAGUUUAGGGAAGAAUGCUCCUCUGAGGUGGCUUGACGUUUCCACCAACCGGUUCUCCGGUGGGAUUCCGGCGAGUCUCUGCGAGCACGGCGAGUUGGAGGAAAUGUUGAUACUGGAUAACGAGUUCUCCGGGGAGAUUCCGGCGAGUUUGGGCGCGUGUCGGAGCUUGUCACGAGUGAGGUUGGGUACGAACCGUCUGUCCGGCGAGGUUCCCGCGGCUAUGUGGGGUCUUCCACAUGUAUACUUGCUUGAACUAAUGGAUAACUUGUUUAGUGGCUCCAUCGCGAGGACCAUUGGUGGGGCGAGGAAUUUGUCGUCGUUGAUUCUGACGAAGAACAAUUUCUCCGGUGUGAUCCCCGAUGAGGUUGGGUGGUUGGAGAAUCUUCUGGAGAUUUCCGGUGGUGAGAACAGGUUCAGUGGGUCGUUGCCUGGGAGUAUUGUGAAUCUUCGGCAGCUUGGGACUCUUGAUCUCCACAACAAUAUGUUCUCUGGGGAGCUUCCCAAGGGGAUUCAAUCGUGGAAGAAGCUCAAUGACUUGAAUUUGGCUAAUAAUGAAAUUGGUGGGAAGAUUCCUGAUGAAAUUGGAAGUUUGGCAGUCUUGAAUUUUCUUGAUCUUUCCAACAAUCAAUUUUCUGGGAAUGUCCCUCUGGGGUUGCAGAAUUUGAAGCUCAAUCAGCUCAAUUUGUCUUUCAAUAGGCUUUCUGGAAAGCUUCCUCCACAGCUGGCCAAGGAUAUGUACAGGGCUAGUUUUAUUGGUAAUCCUGGCUUGUGUGGGGAUUUCAAAGGUUUAUGUGAUGGCAAUGAUCGGGAUAAGAAUAAGGGUUUUGUGUGGAUUCUGCGAGCAAUUUUUAUAGUUGCCACUUUGGUGUUUGUCAUCGGUGUCGUCUGGUUUUACUUCAGGUACAGGAAUUUCAAGAAUGCUGGGAGAUCUGUUGAUAAAUCAAAGUGGACUUUGAUGUCGUUUCACAAACUGGGUUUCAGCGAAGAUGAGAUCUUAAAUUGCCUCGAUGAAGAUAAUGUGAUAGGAAGUGGGUCUUCCGGGAAGGUUUACAAGGUUGUGCUAACCAGUGGGGAAGUGGUGGCUGUGAAGAAGAUAUGGAGUGGGGUCAGGAAGGAAAUAGAUGGUGGAGAUGUGGAGAGGGCUCAGUUUCAUCAAGACAGUGCUUUUGACGCAGAGGUUGAAACUUUGGGCAAAAUUAGGCACAAGAACAUUGUCAAGCUGUGGUGUUGCUGCACGACAAGGGAUUGCAAGCUAUUGGUUUAUGAGUAUAUGCCGAAUGGUAGUCUGGGUGAUUUGCUGCAUAGCAAUAAAGGAGGGUUGUUGGAUUGGCCAAAUAGGUAUAAGAUAGCUGUUGAUGCUGCAGAAGGCCUCUCUUAUCUCCAUCACGACUGCGUUCCUUCAAUUGUCCAUAGAGAUGUGAAAUCUAAUAACAUCUUGCUGGAUGGGGACUUUAGUGCAAGGGUGGCAGAUUUUGGAGUGGCUAAGGUAGUUGAUGCCACCGGGAAAGGAACUAAAUCCAUGUCUGUCAUAGCUGGGUCUUGUGGGUACAUUGCACCAGAAUAUGCAUACACACUGAGAGUGAAUGAGAAGAGUGACAUAUAUAGUUUUGGUGUUGUCGUACUUGAGUUGGUUACUGGAAGGAGGCCCAUUGACCCUGAAUUUGGGGAAAAAGACCUAGUUAUGUGGGCGUGCACCACCUUGGAUCAGAAGGGCGUGGACCAUGUGAUUGACUCGAGGCUUGAUUCUUGUUUCAAAGAAGAAAUUUGCAAGGUUCUCAACAUUGGCCUCAUGUGCACCAGUCCUCUUCCAAUCAACCGGCCUGCAAUGAGAAGAGUGGUGAAGAUGUUACAAGAGGUGAGCACAGAGAACCAAACGAAAGCAACCAAGAAAGAUGGAAAGUUGUCCCCUUAUUACUAUGACAAUGGGUCAGAUCAUGGAAGUGUUGCUUAG